AUGAACGAGCAGAUUGGCAACAGCAACUCCAACGCAACUUUUAGCGGCAGUGGCAGUGGCAGCAACGCCGCCUCCAUCGCAGAAAGCGUGGCGGAGAGCGGCCCGGACUUCGAUGCACUUCGGGCCGCCUGCGAAACGCGGCUAAAUGGCAGCGGUCAACUGGCGGGCUCUGGAGGACCCCACUGCGCCGGCACCUUUGAUGGCUGGCUUUGUUGGCCGGAUACGGCCGCCGGCACUUCCGCCUACGAACUCUGCCCGGACUUCAUCACGGGAUUCGAUCCAGCAAGAUAUGCCCACAAGGAGUGUGGCCUCGAUGGCGAGUGGUUUAAGCAUCCGCUGACCAAUAAAACAUGGUCCAACUACACAACCUGCGUAAAUCUUGACGACCUCGAGUGGAGGCACAGUGUAAAUCUGAUCUACGAGGUUGGCUACGGCACCUCGCUGCUGGCCAUCCUGCUGUCCCUGGGCAUAUUGGGUUAUUUCAAAUCCCUGAAGUGCGCCCGCAUCACUCUGCACAUGAAUCUGUUUGCCUCGUUUGCGGCCAACAACUCGUUGUGGUUGGUCUGGUACCUGCUGGUCAUGCCGAAUACGGAGCUGCUCCAUCACAGUCCGAUGCGCUGCGUGGCCCUGCACAUCACUUUGCACUAUUUCCUGCUGUCGAACUACUCGUGGAUGCUAUGCGAGGGAUUCUAUCUGCACACCGUCCUGGUGGCCGCGUUCAUUUCCGAGAAGAGGCUGGUCAAAUGGCUGAUCGCCUUCGGCUGGGGCUCUCCGGCCGUCGUCAUAUUCGUCUAUAGCAUGGCCCGCGGUCUGGGCGGCACGCCCGAGGACCACAUGCACUGCUGGAUGAGCCAAACCGACUACGAUAACAUUCUGGUGGUGCCCGUGUGUAUCUCCAUGUUCCUCAACCUUCUGUUCCUGUGCAACAUUGUGCGCGUCGUCCUGCUGAAACUGAAUGCCCCGGCCAGUAUUCAGGGCAGCUGCGGUCCUUCCCGAACCAUUUUGCAGGCCUUUCGGGCCACGCUGCUUUUGGUUCCUCUGCUCGGCCUCCAGUACAUCGUAACGCCGUUUCGUCCUGCACCCGGACAUCCCUGGGAGAAUACAUACGAAAUCAUCUCGGCGUUUACGGCCUCGUUUCAAGGUCUGUGCGUGGCCACUUUGUUUUGCUUCUGCAACGGCGAGGUGAUUGCCCAAAUGAAGCGCAAGUGGCGGAUGAUGUGCUUCAGCAACCGGCCGCGGACCAAUUCCUAUACAGCCACUCAGGUCUCGGUAAGAUUUGUACUAAAAGCUUCACAUGCUUUUCCUCCAACCUUUCUCUCUACUAAUUUUGUACCACGGGUUACGGCGCGUAUGAGUAAUGCAGCAGCACUAGCACACUUGAGCACUCACAGUUUAUUGGCCUAUAGAUACGCAUUAAUCGCAUGCUAAAACUAAAACUAAAGACUAAAAUCGAAAAGAAUAUAUAAGACAGUUACAGAAACCGACGCACCGUUGCCAACUGGCCAACCACCAUGAUAGCAAAUUCUCAGUUCUUUUGAUUGUAGUUCGUGCGCUGCGGACCGCCACUGCCCGGAGAGGAGAAGGUAUGACUAAAGGACAUGUCGGCCAAGCGGCGUGCUUCCUCGGGCC